AUGGCGAGGCGGCGUCUGCGGCAGUCCACGAUCGCCUACAACGCCGCCCUGGCUGCGUGUGCCAAGGAGGGCUGGUGGGAGCAGGCUUGCCGCAUGGUGCGCGAGAUGGACCGCAGCGCGGUCCGCCGCACGCGCGCCACCUGCAGCGCGGUGGUGCAGGCGUGCGAGGCGGCGGGCAGGCCGCGCGCGGCGGCGGAGGUGGUGGCGAGGUGUUUUCCCGCCGUCGAGGACGCGGACGCGGACGCGGAUGCUGUGACGCGCAGCUUCCGGGAGCUCGUCGCCCUGCGCCUGGAGCGCGCUUGCCGCCUGCAGCUGCAGCGCGCCCGCGGCGGCCCCUACCCUCUGGCGCCGACCCCGAAGGCGGCGGCCCGGCCCGCCCCUGCACCUCGCGCGUGCCCC